GAUGACAGAAUAUUCUCUUGGUAUUUUCCGCCAUAUAAUUUGAAACCCCCGUGACAAAAAGAAGGGCUUGCUUGUUCGCUAGUAAGCUAUGGAGCAGCAAUGCGUCAUCGCGGAGGACGAGCGCGUGCCCGUGAGAGUGAGCUUGGAGAGCGUCUACGGGCAUGGAUCGCUGCUGGACGAGGCGAGAUUUCGCUACGCGCGGCUCCGGGCGAGGUUUGCAGAGAUCUAUGGCAGCGAUCCGGAUUUCUACGCGCGAGCGCCAGGUCGAGUGAAUCUUAUCGGCGAGCACAUCGAUUACGAAGGCUACUCGGUGCUGCCAAUGGCAAUCCGCCAGGACACGAUUGUCGCGAUUGGGAGAUCCUCGGAAAGCGAUGGCUCGCCGGCUCUGCGCGUUGCGAGUAUCGAUAGCGAGAAAUUUAAGCCGUGCUCCUUUUCGGUUGAUCCAUCUCAGGAAGUGGAUCGAUUGAAUCAUACAUGGGGGAAUUACGUUCUUUGUGGGUACAAAGGUGUUUUCGAGCACUUGGAAUCAAAAAAGAUACAUCGUAAACCAGACACGGGCCUUAAUGUCUUGGUCGAUGGAACUGUUCCCAUGGGAUCCGGAUUAUCGAGCUCGGCAGCAUUAGUUUGCUCCUCUGCACUUUCUAUCAUGGCAGCACUUGAUCUUUCGUUUACCAAGAAGGAAGUCUCAGAAUUUGCUUGUACCUGCGAGCGGCAUGUUGGUACGCAAUCUGGUGGCAUGGAUCAGGCCAUUUCGAUCAUGGCACAACAAGGCGUUGCAAUGCUGAUCGAUUUUAAUCCUAUCAAAGCCACAAGCGUUGUACUACCAGCUGGUGGUACCUUCGUAGUUGCGAACUCGCUUACAGAAUCUAACAAGGCUGUGACCGCGGCAACUAAUUACAACAAUCGAGUUGUUGAGUGCCGUUUGGCUGCGAUUGUACUCGCUGUGAAGCUAGGGACGGCAGCAGACGAGGCGAUUAAAUCCGUGUCCACACUGUCUGACGUAGAAGGCUUGUGCGAGGCGUAUGCAACUUCUCGCGACUCGUCCGACUUGUUGCUUGCGAUUGAGGACUUGUUGCAUGAGCAUCCAUACACGACAGAGGAGCUAGAGGAGCUAUUAAAACACCCCCUAACUUCAAUUUUCCCGAAGGGUUCGAGCUUCCAAGCUGUACUUUCGGUUGCUAAACAGUUCAAGCUUCACCAGAGAGCAACGCACGUAUACUCGGAAGCAAAACGCGUGUACGCUUUCCGUGACACUGUUUCAUCUGGCGCAGGAGAAGAAGAAGCAUUGAAACGGCUUGGAAAGCUCAUGAACGACAGCCACACUAGCUGCAGCAAACUCUACGAGUGCAGUUGCCCAGAGCUUGAGGAACUCGUUCAAGUGUGUCGAUCGGCUGGAGCGCUGGGAGCAAGGCUGACUGGAGCCGGAUGGGGCGGCUGCGUGGUGGCUCUGGUACACGAAGCAUCGGUUCCAGCUUUCAUUCUUUCGCUCAAGGAAGGCUUCUACAACUCUCGAAUCCAGAAAGGCAUCGUCAAGCCCGAAUCCCUGGGGCUCUACGUCUUCGCGUCCAAGCCAUCCAGUGGAGCCGCCGUGAUCACCACCAUCUAGUAGGCAACAGAGAAAAUCAAGAAGCAGCUUUCCUUCUCGUUGUCAAGUCA